AUGGCGGCGCGAGGGAGCGGCGCGAGCGCGUCCGUGGGGACGACCGCGCGGGCGUGGAUCGCGGCGUCGGCGACGCGCGCGGCGCGCGCGGACGCGCUCGGACGCGGAUACGCGACGAAAACGACGAAAACGACGACGAAGUCGACGUCGGGGGAUGGCGCGGCGACGGCGACGGCGAGGGGCGGUGGAAAGGGGCGGGCGAAGGCGAAGACGGGGACGGGGACGGCGCGCGCGGCGCCGGCGAAGGCGAAGACGUCGAGGAAGAAGAAACCGCCGAUCGGGAAGAUUCGCGCGGUGCCGCACGCGGCGGCGAAGAAAUUUCCGCUGCAUGAAUCGGUGUUGGGGGAUCCGAGGACGUAUAAGGCGACGAUGGGGGACGCGACGGCGGCGGCGCGGGCGACGGCGCGGGCGCGGGCGACGGCGGCGCCGCCGCCGACGAGCGGCAAUAGGGUGAUGCCGCACGCGAAGGCGGCGACGUUUCCGCUGCAUGAAUCGGUGUUGGCGGAGGCGAAGUCGAUGGCGACGAAAGGGACGGUGUUGAGGGAGCCGUUAUCGAAGCCGGCGGGCGCGGCGGCGACGGCGCCGCCCGCGGCGGCGAACGCGACGCCGACGGAGGAAAGCGGGUCGAAUCGCACGGCGCUUCUAGCCGCCGCCGGUGCUGGGAUCGCGGCGCUUUUAGCGUAUUCCAUGAGCGUCGUGGACGAGGAAGAUAGGCCUCCGCCGCCGCGACGGGCGAAACCAAAGGCGGCGGCGGCGCGGAAAGACGUCGAGGUGCAAAUCGAAAUCGUCAAGCAGCCCGACGCGAAAGAGUUGACGAACUCGAAGAAAGCCACAACCGAGUCGAAGAAGGAUGGCAAAGAAACGGCGAAAGAUGAACUGUCGGACGCGUUCAGCGCGACCGCGGACUUCCUCGCCAACGUAGAGGUACGCAACAUUUCGUAUUUUUGUGACGCUUAUUCUCGGGGCCUUAUACUCAUCUGUCGCGGCUUCUCGGUGCCGCGCCGGACCUAUCAAGGGCCAACAUUAAAUGCUAGCUUGGCGCGCACGCAUGCAAACCGCGCGUCAAGCGCCGCUGGAGUUCUAAGGCUCGUGGCUUUACCUCGCCUCGUUCCUGUGCCGCAAGACGAACCGGAUCAAAAGGAACCUGAAGUGCUCGCGAAAGUGAACGUACCGAAACCGCCCGCGCGAGAAAAUGUCAGCAUUAUGAACGCUUCGAAAUCUCUGAGCGCGGCGCGGCUGCUCGAAGAAGCCGUCAAAACACUCGGAGAAACUCUGAGCGACGACGAAAAGGCGGCGUUAAGGGACGGCAUGAAGGUUCAAUCCGAAUCCGACAUGAAAAUUUUCAGCGAGUUAUCCUCGUCGAUGGUUCAAAACUUCGAAACUGUCGUCAGUGCCGAGCGAUCGGUUACGGACGAGCUCAUCGCUGCGAUCAACGUCUUGGAGCAGCGCGCCGAGGACGCCUCUCGUCAACUCGAAAGAGAAAAGGAGCGCGCCGUCGUCGAUAAAGAACGCGCUCUGAAGACGCAAGAGAAAAAAUUGAAAGCAGAGCACGCAGACUUUCUGGUCGCUGAACGCAUCGAGCGAAUCAAGGCGCUAGAUGAAGAGCGCAUCCGCAUGGGAGCUUUGAGACAAGUGCUGACGAAGCGCCGCGAAGCGCUCGAGCGAGCGCACGCAGUGCAAAGCUUUGAGCUCGCCGUCAUGGAUUUCGGAUCUCGCGUGGAGAACGGCGAAGCCUUCGAAGACGCACUAGCGCUGCUCAACACGUGCGCAAAAAAGGAUCCGUUCAUCGCCACCAUCAUUCAAGGCUUGGAUCAAGAUAUGGCAAAGCGAGGCGUUCCCACGCGCUUGCAAUUGGCGGAACAGCUGGAACGCGUUCGGGACACGGCGAGAAAGUUGUCGUUGGUUCCGCAAGACGGUGGCGGUAUGUUAGCGCACGGUUUAGCGUACGCCGCUUCACUGCUUCGCGUGAAGGAUACAUCCGACGAAGGCGCGCAGGGUAUUGAAGGCGCCAUCGCCAAGGCGGAAACUCACUUAGCAAACGGAGAAUUGAUGCACGCGGCGAAGUCGCUUGCGAGCGCCGCGGAGGGUACGAAAGCGGCGACUUCCGUCACCGAAUGGGCACAUAGCGUUCGUUCACGAGCCGAGGUUGAGCAGGCUCAAACUGCAUUAAACGCGCACGCGCAGUGCCGUGCAUCGGCGCUUGUUUAA